GUGAUUUCUUUUUCAGCUCGACAUCGAAUACAGGACGCGCAUUUGAGAAUGAUUGAAUUUUUAAGAAGCGAUCUUGAAGCGGAACUUAAAGCGAAGCUGAGGCUAGAUUGCAGGUUGAUUCUUUUUGGUUCAGCUGGGAAUGGUUUUGGUCUUGCGAGCUCUGAUGCUGAUAUGUGUUUGCGGCUUUAUGGAGACGCAGAGCCUGAGGUGACGCUUUCUUCCGGUUUAUUCCCCCUGGUUCAUGUUAAGUUCUACUACUUCAGCAUAUCACUGUAUAACGAACUUGCUAUCAUGAACACCCAGUUACUCAGAGCUUACUGUGAUGUUGAUGAACGGGUUGCUAAAUUGGGUAUCGCAUUGAAAGAGUGGGCAAAAGCUUGUGAUAUUGGAGAUGCCUCAAAAGGAAGCCUUUCAUCUUAUUCGUAUAUCAUAAUGCUCAUCCAUUUUCUGCAACGGAGUGACCCACCAGUGCUUCCUUUUUUGCAGGAGGUGGAUUGUUUUUCUUGGGCACGAGGAAGGAAAAAGGUUCCCCAUAUUUGGGAGUUUUCAAACAAAGAAGAAACUGGCAAGCUUUGGGUUGAUUUCUUGGAUUACUUUACGCGAGUUUUUGAUUUUCGAAAUGAUGUGAUACAAAUUCGACAACGUGAUUCUCUAGCAAAACUGGAUAAAGGAUGGCAGGCAAAACCAAUGGCAAUUGAGGACCCAUUUGAUUUGAAUCAUAACCUUUCUUCUGGUAUUCAUCGGAAAAGUUUUGAACAUUUCCAUUACACUUCUGGAUUUCAGAAUCAGCUGUACAAAAGUUGUCUUGUCGAGGAUGGUUUGCCUCUGGAUCGAAAUUGUUGCAGGAAGUGCCACCAAAUUGGUCAUUUUGUUGAAAACUGUCCGUUUAUUAAAAAGUCAUCCAGGUUAGUAAGGUGUUUUGGUAUAUUAUUUUACCUGUAUUGA